AUGGGCGAUGUCUCUGAUUCACUACCCAACGGCGCAGGAGUCGAAAAGGUCUCCAAUCCGGUUGUUGAAGUGACACUCUCCCCGUCCUCGCCCUGCACGGCCGGCGACGACAUUCCAUCGUCAUCGUCAUCGUCAUCGUCAUCGGCCUCGACCCAACCCUCCACGCCAAUCGCCGUCGGGCCCGCCGCAGCCUCCGAAACAGCGUCGCCGCUGAACCCGACCGAGCUCUUCCUCGACGCAACCCGAGGUUUCGACUCUCUGCUCAACAACCAACUCGGCGAAGGCAAACGCAUCUUCGAACGCUACCCCGACUCGGCCGCGCACAACGUCGGACAGGGUAUCGCCGUCUUCUUGCAAGCCGCGCUAGGGCAGGAAGAUCAGGCGCUCUAUGGCGCUCUCAAUGCGUUGAUGAAGGCCGAGACCUUGUCCACCAAGGAGGUCAAUGCCAAGAGGAGUGUCGGAGCUGGGGUAUAUGCUCCUGGUUUAGAGUACAAGGUACGUCCGGCGAGGUGGAAAAAAAUCGCGUUCGAUGUCCGCAAGUGGGGCGCAGUACCGACCGACCCCGCCGCUGCGGUCACGCUCGAGCACCUUCGCAGCAUGACCGGGACCAACACCAGGCUCACCUUCGCUUUCAUCACCCAACAGGCUCUCGUUUCGGAUGCGGUCAUGAGUCAGGCCCUGUGCCAUGUCCUGACCGAAUCUUAUGUGUCAGUCCUCCAGCGCCUCUCGGCCUGGACUGUGCACAGCAAUCUUGGUGUUUUCGGAAGGCUGACUGGAACCUUGUUUUGGAAUGUACAGAGAGUUCAUGAAGGCCAUAUACAAACUCAACCGAGCAUACAAAGGCUUCAAGUCCCUUUACACGGUGGGUCUGGUCUCGGAGGCCGGUGAGCGCGUGCAACUGAGCCAUACCUCGUUCUCGUCCAACUUCAGGUUGUCUUUCCCGACGGAGUCAGCGAAUCCGACUCGCUCGAGUAUAUCUUUACCAAGCUCAACUCCAACUACCUCGCCAAGACCCAAGGCGCACAAACCUCUUCAACUCCGGGGCGAUUGACCCCGAACGGAGCCUCGACUCCCACCUCGGCCACCACGCCGGCCUCUUCGACCUCUUCCUCUUCUUCUCUCUCCUUCUUUGGGUCUUGGGGACGAAAGAGAGCCGAUCCGAACGCAGCGGCCAUAGUGGAUGUCCCGUCCAACCUCUUACGGCACUCGUCCUCGGCCGUCACCUUACCCUCGCAAAUCUCCAAGCUCGGCAUCACCGAAGAGAAACCCAACAUCAAGAUCACCACCUCGACACCAGCGUCCAACUUGGCGAGUCGGAGUGCCAGUUUCGAGAACCUCAAGGGACAGAGGAUCGAGCAGGGCGUCGAUGGAUCUCACCCCGCCCCUCUGUGGAAGGACGAUCCGAUCACAUCCCUCGUCAUCGGUGGAGCUGCUUUCGGUUAUGGACUUUUCGGACUGAUGUGAGCUACAAGAUCAUCUUUCAUGAAGCUCGAUCGCUCUCCGAUCUAAUGCACUGCACUUUGCCUGCAGCUUCUCUCUGCUGCCGCCCAAGCUGCGAAAACUCAUCUCGUGGUUCGGCUUCGGCAACUCCAAUCGAUCGGCGGCGCUCAAACUGCUGACGGUCGCCGCCUCGACGGGCAACGACACCCAUGCUGCUUUCGCAUCCUUGACUUUGCUGACGUUCUAUUGUGUCGUGCUGCUAAGUGGGCCAUAUGAGACGAGCCGCAUCGGGACCAUCAGCUGACGUCGCACAUCUUCGAUUACCCACAGUGAGUGGAUGGCAGUCGGACGAGGAAUACCUACUCAGUCAAUGCGAGAUCGUACUGGAACGCGUUAUCGAGCGUUUCCCCGAAGGCACGUUGUGGAUCUUACAGCGGGCCAAGAUCGCUCGCAUGCGCCACGACGUCCACACCGCGAUCCAGGUCCUCGAGACGUCCCUGUCAAAAGGCUCGUCGUUCCGGGAAGCCGAUUCGUUGCUCCAGUUCGAAUUGGGGUGGUGCCUGCUCUCGGAUGGGCGGUUCGUAGCUACGGCUGAUUCGUUUGAAAGAAUGUGCGAGUUGAACAGCUGGAGUCAUUCGACCUACGUUGCGAUCGCUGCGGGUGCGUUGGUCGAUGAUCGAAGGCUGACGGGUGGAUCGGAGGAAAAGGACCAGAGGAUCGAAGCGGCAUUCAAAAGGCUCGAAGAUCUCUUGGUCGGUGGUAAGAGCAAGAGGAUGAUGGGUGAACCACCGACAACAGAGACGUUCCUCAAUCGGAGGCUCAACAGCUACAAGGCCAAGCAUGCACGCUGGAUCGAAGAAGGACGCUUGCCCAAGACGAGCAGUUACUGGGAAGCGGUGCGCAUGACUUCGGCGAUGGAGUUGGGCUUCGUUUGGGCGACGAUCGGGGGAAGAUCCCCUCCUGCGGCGAUCAAGGCGCAGAUCGACUACUUGGCUUCGUUGACGCCUUCGCCUGCUUUCGGACCGCAUGCCCAACAUCCCGCUUCGCCCUCUCCGCUGCGACGUUGCUCGACCUCGGAUGAUCUCGACACACUGGACGAGAUCGCGACGAGGUCCUUGCUUCUAGGUGCCUUGUAUCGCUCGCUCGACGACGGACCAUCACUCCAUAUCGCGCGCGAAUUUCUGCAGUCCAUCACCAAGCACAAGGAAGGGAUCAAGGAGGAGAAAUGGGUCCCUAGUUUCGCCCUGUUCGAGCUGGCCGUUGUAGAGUGCAAGGAAUGUGAGUUGGAGACGAGGAGGCUGGAGAAGGAGGGGGUGAAGAGGAAGGUCGUGGUGGGGAGGUGGAAGGAUGGGUUGGGCAAGGCGGAGAAGUUGAUUGAGAACCUGUUCGCGAGUGGAGAGUAUGAUUUGAAGAGUGAGUUUUGCGGGUUCUUUGCGAGUUGAAAAAGGGAUGCGGGACUUAUAGCUGAUAUGCCUGACUGUUGCUUUGUUCUAGGUCGUUUGGAGUCGAGGACGAUGCAGUUGAGAGACGAGAUUGCGGCCAAGAAGAAGAAGUUGGGGAUCUGA